UGAAGAAUGUGAUUGACUGCUAUUGAUGUUUUCAAGGAAGCCUUCAGAUAUUUGCUAUAUCAUUGUCAGUGAUCCUGCCCAAUCAGUCAACAUACCUGUAUGGACUGACAGGUGAACAAUGAAUCAUACAUCUACGGAUCAAGUUUCAGUUUAAUUCAGAUUUGCACACUGUACCUUAUUCUCAGAAUUGCAACUUCUUGGGAUAAUGUAACUGAUUUGAAUAUACUCGGUGAAGUUUUUGUGUGGUGAAACAGUAUUAACUGUGCCUUUAUGUGCUGAAAUUGUCGUGGAAAAAGUUCACAAAGCAGAUGAACUGUUUUGUUGAUUAAUUAAUUAUUUAAUGAAUUAAUUAGGACUUGUGUGUGAAGUGAUUGUGAUGUGUUUCGGACAGAAGAAUAGUGGUCAUUCAUCACUUGAAACUAACUGGAGAAGCGUUUGACUUUAACCGUGUCAAGGUCAUAUUUGGACCGUUUUUAACUCAGUGUUUGUGUACAGUCUUAAGUCUGCUGUGCGUUCCCUGAUUUACCUUCAACACUCAAGUGUUACCUGUGUGAAGACGCCGGAGAACGUUUAGUCGGCCUGUUGUUGUGUUUAGCUAAGUACAGACUUACGGGGGACGACACGCUGUCACGAUCCGUCAGCUGUCUAUUCGAUGCGCUGGAGCAUGUGCUGGCCUAUUGACAGUUAGCAUAUUCAGGUCUCAGUAUAACCAGUCUCUUUUCAACGGGCUCUCACAAUACAUAUAUAUAUAUAUAGGAGAGCACAUACACUUCAGGUAAACUUUUAGUUCAUUUAACAAUAAAAGGGAUCUAUGCGUUCCCGGCCUCACUCCUUACAGAACAGGGUGGAGCAAAAUUCACGAGUCCAUGCAGAUUCUAUAGCCACUUGCAUUUUUAGUGCAAGCCUUGGACUUUGUACACGGGAAUUUAAGUCAUCAUUGAACUUUUUGACUGUCUGAUUGACUGUUUAAACAAUGAACAAGCAUGAAGUCUAGAAAUCAGGCCACCUGAAAGUCAUGCUGGCUUAGAUAUACAGAUCUUUUUUUUUGGAUCAAUUUGUGAAAUGACGUAACCAGUGAAAUAUAGGACUGUGUUGGUGAAAUCGUGAAGCGGACACUCGCAUACCGACGGAAAAAUGGGGACGUCAUUUUCAUCUGUGAACCUCGGAGAAGAGGAAACAGAGGUGUAUUCGCCAGUGUGCUGUUUUCGCUCAAAGUCUCGUCCUGAAGAAGUCGUGUGCCAUCUGUCAUGGCAGAGGUCAUCGCUAAGGGAGUCGCAGCAAGGGAAACCCGGACCACCUGAAGGAAUAGUUAAAGUGGAGGAGAUUACCCAUAAUUCCAUAGUGCUGUCAUGGUUGUCUCCCUUGAAUCGUGGACUCGGCCAUAUCUUGGCUUAUCAUGUGGAACGAUAUGCACAGAAGGAUAAAAAAUGGCAGACAGUGACUGAAACAUGUCAGGGAACAAGUUACAAGGUGCGAGAUUUGUCCCCUGGCACAAAGUAUUUGUUCCGCGUUCGUGCAGAGAAUAUGCAUGGAGUCAGUAGACCUGGUUUGGAGUCUGAUCCGAUUGUGCUUCCACUGAAUGAUUGUGUUGACUCCGUGACCUCCGACAUGCCAACGACCUUCACACGUCGGGGCAGUAAUUUCCUGGAUUCUGACAGCGGAGUGAAGACAAUAGUGAACCGUUCUCUGGACGGCAAUGACAACCUUGAGCAAUGGUCAUUUCCACGACAACAAAAACGUCGCCGUUCAACAUUGGAUUCGUUGUUAAAAAGACCUUAUAAUACGUCGCCUCGUAGAAUGACAUAUUCUCCGGGAUUCAGAGACUCCAUGAGAAUUGUAAAACAUAAUCCUUUGUUUAGUGACAGUUUUGAACAAUCCCCUGAACCUUUUCCAGCUAAAAAAUUGCCUUUGAACAUGCAACCUCAGCUGAAUUCCUCGACAACAGAGUUAUUAUCUCCUUCAUCAGGAUCUCAGGAUCAGAUCACCGCAUUUCAGAACGACCUUGACAAGGAUGAAGAUGAGGUAGAAAUGGCGGUCAUAAUCACAAAAGACAUUUUGCCAACAGUGAACGCUAGUUUCACCAGCCAAAAUAGCCAGAACAGUAAAAUAACAGACACGUCCCAAAACACAGAAUCCUUUUCAAAUCCAGCCAAGUUCUCAGUUGGAGAUACAAGUGUUGAAGAGGUUCCUGUGACUGGUAGCUCUGUGAACAGUGAAAACUCCAGGAAGUCUGUUUUGGCACAUUCAGCCUCAGCUGAGGCAUUGCCGCUUCAAGGUCAUGAGAGACUGUAUGAAUUUGAUCUUGAUGAUACGGGUGUGAAAGUACCCAUGAAGAGACUUUCCUCUUCCAACAAUGGCAGGUUUAACAUUCGGAAACCGCUUCAUGCGAAACUCUUCCUCCCUCCGGGCGAGGACAGUUUGGAUGAAUACGACAUCGAUGAAACAGGCCAGAAAGUCCCAAUGCAGAAAACAAAGCCCUCCGCGCAGUCAGAGGAAGAGCCACUGAGUGAUGCCAUAGAUGAAAUCGUUCACAGUUUAACGUCCUUGUAUCACAGCCAGUUGUCUCUGUCGGAGAACAAGGCGGAGCCACUUCCUCAUCAAGAGGAGAUAAAUCUGCCAACUACUCUCACCAAGAUUAAUCAGAAGGUUGAUGCAGUUAUUGAACCUUUGACGAGCGAGUAUGAUGGAUCGGCGUCAGACAGCGACGAAGGGAGAUCAACCAUUCCUCCCGUUCUACCUGUGUUCAUUGAGACGGAUUCUUCGUGCGAUGAUGAUCCAACAGACACUUCUGUGUCCUCACACAAAGAAGUCUCAUCAGAUUCCGAGCCAGACGACGAGGAUGUGGACUCUGACUCAGAACUUAGUUUAACCGACUAUUUCGGAGACGAAUCCGAUGAUAGUGCUGAUAUUGACUCGUUCGAUGAAGGAGAUGAAAAGCAUAAUCCACCAAAACAGUUGGACACAAGCAAGGAUAAAUUUCCCAAAGGAAAGUCUGUGUCACAGCAACAGGAAGUCAACGCUGAAGUACAUGCAGCUCAUGCUCCGCAAAAGGUCAAGUACAAAACCCAUCACAGAAGCAGUCUUGUUAUCGAAUCAGAUUCACCUGUUAGCGAGCCAAACUCAUUUCCAACCCCACGCACCUUUAAGCACAAGUUGGGCUCCAACCAAAAGCUAAACUUGAAGCAGGAAGUGGUUCCAGGAUCUGAAAGUCAGCUGACUGUAGUGAAGAAGAUAGAUUCCAAUCCUGUCUUAGCGACUGUGUUCUUGGACAUGGAAAACCCUGAUUCUACGGCUAAUUGUGUUACACCUAACAGGCAGAGUUUGACGUCCAUCAGGAGCUCGAGCAGUAGCCUGCAAAAUGCGAUGAAACCUUGGAAUUUUGAGGAAAAUGCCCAUUCUCGAGAGGAAAAGUUGAGUGAAAAUUUGCUGCAAAAUGCCAAGGCAAACUGUAAAACGAUUGAUGUUGAUGUAAAUGGGGCGAUCAAACUGCAAGAGGCUGAUGGGAUUGAUGAGGAAGCUUGGCCAUCUCCUCCUGGGUCAGACGAGGGCGUUGACAUGGAUACGACCUCUGACACUGAGGUCAUAAUAAUCCAUUCCACAGAAGUUAUCGACCGUCUUCAGGAAUUAAUGGCCAAAGAUCCGAAGCUUGCAGAAAUGCUUUCCCAGGACCCAAGAUUCCAGCAAGCACUGAACACAAAUAAAAUCCUCAAAGAGAAACCAGCUCGCGAAGCAAAACCAAAAGUUUCAUUUGCUGGUGACAAAAAGCUGUAGUGCGAUGAAGAGCAUUCCGUUGAGGUUAUUGUGGGAAGUCAUGUUAAUACUUAUGAAAUGAGCAAAAGCACAUCUACUGAAUUCAGAUUUUCAGCAAUAAUGGCAGCUAUCUUUGUGGGAAACCAUUGACAUGUGAAACCUAUCUAAGACUUAUCUUUAAAUUUCCUUUGGAAGUCAAACGUCAUCAAAAUUUGGCAUCCUGUAUUUCAUUUAAUCCCAGAAAUCAUUGUUUUACUUCAGAAUUUAUAUCUCUAUUUCAUGUAUCACAGGUUUCAUAAUAUUUUUUUUUUAAUUUACGAUACAAUCUCUUGUUUCUGUUUGAAAUGGUGAAUGGCGUCUUAAAAAGUCUGAAUCUAAGGAAGGUAACUGCAAUAUUUUAAGACGUCCAUGCAAUGCAGUUCUUAUAUAGAAUAGGGUGUUUUUUUUAUCAGUGGCAUCAGGUCUAUUGAUCUUAGGAAACAUUCCUGAAAGAACGUUGACCAAUAAUAAGGGCUGUACUUAUUCACUGCUGGUCAAAUCCUUGCAUGAAUGUAAUUUUUGAAUUCACUGGAAUAUACAUUUUUCUACUGUUGUUGCUACCAAAUUGGUGUACUGUAUCAAAUGCUAAAAUGUAAUAGAUGACUUGGUACGGAUUGUUUUUAGUGCUUUUUAAUAUUGCAUGAAAGUUGUUUGACUGGCAUUUGAAUAGUGAAUAAGAGUUUAAUCCCGUGUAAAUUAGCAUUUACAGAAAUUUCAAAUGCCAAGCUUAGCUGUGCAAGCAGUUUCUUACAGCAUUGAGAGUAUGUAAUUUGUAACUUCCACAGUUAAAAUGGCAAUGAAAAUUUAAGUUUUUUUUUUUAAAAUAAUGGAAUUCUGAAAACUUUUUUAUUUACAUUUUAUGGGUAAAUUUGUAACCCAAGAUAUGUUGGCAAUAACUUAACCUUGAUAAAAGGUAAAUACACAUCAAAUUAGGUCAAAUUGAUAUAUACAUAUUUACAGUUUUCAAAGUUUCUUCAAUUAUCGGCCAAAACAGUGUCUAUGUAUGAAGCAUCAUAUAGAUUUAUAGGGAGUUAAAAUUGAAAUUCUUUUGACUCAUUUUUUGAAAGCUUUUAAAUGUUUUGUCUUUGUUCAAAAUUUAAUCCUUAAGACUGAGGAAAACUAUUUUCGUGGAAAAAACAUACUUGGACGAGAUGUGUGAACAGUAUUUAUUUGAUUUUGAUUUUUUUUUUUUUU